AUGUUAUACAAAUCACUUGCCAAUUUAACAGCCUCCACUUCAUCAAUCACCAAUAUCACUGUUAAUGCUCAAGGUGGUGCUGGAUCAAGACAAGGUGGAAAUAAAGCCGCCACUAUUGGAGUUCCAGAUUGGGUUGAUACCGUCAACGAUCUCAUCUAUCUCGGAUAUAUUGAUUGCCAUGGAAAUGUUAUCUAUAAAGAAAACAAUGAUCAAUCGAAAAAUGUACAAACAACCAAUAGCAACAAUGAUGUUGAGAUGAAAGAUGUUCAGGAGGUAGUGGAGCAAUCAACAAAAGUCGAUGAGAAUGACAAUACAACAACUACGAUCACUACGACAACGACAACAACUACAACUACAAACACCAGUCCCAGUGGACUGAACGAUAGCGAUCGAUCUAGAUUGGAGCUCUUGAAGAUGAGAUUCGAAAAGGAGAUAGUAAAUAAAGAAAGAGAUACAUCGACGUCGAUGGGAAUGGGUUCGCCACCACCUGGUUCUGGCGUUGGUGGCGGCGGCGGUAGUGGAAACAACAAUGAAUCAUCAUCGUCAUCAUCAUCAUCGUCAGAUCGUAAGCAAUUCGGUGAUGACGUUGAGGUGCAGAUGAAUAUUCAAUCGAUCAAACAGAGCAUAAAGAAACAGCAUGCUAAACAAGCGCCGACACUAGACUAUCAGAGAGCACCCAAGCAUAUCGUACCGAAGAACAUCUACUACGGUAUCAACAUGCCUGCGAAUGUGGUGAACGACGACCGUGCACUCGAAGCAGUAGGUGGUCUUUCACAAAUCACAAAAGUAUUCAAAUCGAGUGAAGCUGAAUAUCUUCAAUUCAAACACCGUCCAAACAACCCAAAUUGUCGCCCCGCAUUCGGUGAUAAACUACCCACCUGUAAUAUGUUACUUCGCAUAAGAAAGAAUAAUAAUCAACAACAAACAGCAUCAACAUCAACAUCGACAUCUACAACACCAAACACAUCUUCACCAAUAUUAUCUUCACAAACAUCUACACCUAUAAGUAAAAAACAACAAAAGCAGCAACAACAACAACAACAACAUAGACAACCACAACAACAACAAUCUUCACAACAACAAAAAUCUACAGAACAACAACAACAACAAUCAUUUAGCGCAGAUAUUAUAGCUAUUAUACCAAGUACAAUUAAAUUCGAUGGAAUGUCUGAUUUUCAAUAUAUUGUUCGGCCAGAGGAAAAGAGAGAAGCAGAGCAGUAUUUCGAGGUGAAAGAUGAAGAACUCAAUGUGUUACCAACGAUAUUCUCGAGAAUAGAUCAUCCGCAACCCUAUUAUUUCAAGACGAAUCCUCUGGCUACUUUCAUACCAGAGACACAUCAAUUCACAAUCGGAACGAAACCUUCGACUUUUGCAUCGAUCCAAGUGUGCAGGUUCGAAUCGACAGAUCCGCUGCCAACCGCCAAGAAGACAAUCGACUCGAUAAAGACGGUACAAUCGAUGUUGGUAUCACAUCGUGUGCUUCAGCAGCUGUUUGAGGAGCGGCCGUGCUGGGCAUCGGUGCCUCUCAAAGACUACUACCAGAAACGCGGUGGAUCGCUACGCUACCUCAAGAUUCUGAUGCCAUUCGUCGCAUACAGCUUUGUCAAUGGUCCGUGGCGUCUGUGCUAUCUCCGAUACGGGUACGAUCCGCGCGUCGAUCAAGAAGCGAGAAUGUAUCAAGGCGUAGACUUUCGUCUCGACAAGGAGGCAAACAACUCCAAGAUUCGUCGAACAUUCGUCACACCGCGACGUGGUGCAACCAAACUCAACACCUUUAACUACCAGAACAUGGAAUCAUCGGGAACGCCACUGCUCGAAGGCUACUCGCCACCCAUCUUUGACUACACAUUCAAAGAGAUACCGACACAAUCUAGAUACUAUCAACUCUGUGAUUUCGAAGUGCCCAAGCUAAAGACACUUUGUGAAUCAUUGACACCAUCACCCUAUUGUACAGCAAAAUCUGGAUGGUUUACAGAGAAUGAUUUAAGGUUGAUUACGAAUGAGAUGAAACUAAGAUGUGGUAUUCAACCAAAGAAUACUGGUUCCAGUGGAAGUACGCGCGCCCGAUCCAACAGCGGCAGCAAGUCAACGACACCAAAGAAAGGCAAAGCAAGUCAGAAAUCAAAGAAAUCUCAAAAACAACAGAGACAACAGUCGCAACAAACUCAGUCAGCAGUGACGGACGACGAGGAAAGUCUCUACCAUGAAGAUGAAAUGUCACAAUUCAUGCAAAGUGGAAGUGGUAUUGGUUCACCACCUUCACCUUCACCAUCACCACCACCACAAUCACAAUCACAAUUACAACAAAUAGUGCUUAGUACAAGAAGGGAGGAGACGUCAACAACAACAACAGCGGCAGCAGCAACAGCAACAGUUAACGACACCGAUACAGAGAGUGAAAUGCAUCACACCGACAUCAAUAUGCACAUGGAUAUGCACUUUCCGACACUCAAGACCAACGAGCAGCUCGAACAAGACGCCUACGACAUCCUCGACGAGGAACGAGACAGCGAGAUCGAAGGACAACUCGACGAAUUCGAAUCCGAUCAGGAACAGAGCGAUCUCGAUGAGGAAGAAGAGAAUAUGGGUGACGACGAAGAUGACUUUAACGAAUCGCACUACGAUGAUGAUGAAGAUCACGAAAAUUCAUUCGAUGUUGAAGAGGCAGAUAAUGAUAAUUAA